AUGGCCAUUCUACUUCCCUCCCUCUCUCUUCAUCCACCAAUCCCUAAACCUCAAAAUCCUAAUAGAUUUAAGAUUCUCUCUUCUUCCGAACCUUCUGCAGCUCCAAAAAAUCCUACCUUUAGGAGAGAUGUGGUGCUUAGAACAGCAUCUCUCUCCUUCGUCUCCUUCGUCUUUCAAAACCAACUUCAAGUGUCAUUAGCCGAUCCUUCGAAGUCUCCCAAACCAAGACUCGGCAUUGCCAACACUAAGAAUUGGUUCCAGUUCUAUGGCGAUGGGUUCGCCAUCAGGGUUCCUCCUCAGUUUGAAGACAUCAUGGAGCCUGAGGAUUACUCUGCAGGAUUGUCUCUUUACGGGGACAAGGCAAAGCCGAAGACUUUCGCCGCCCGUUUCCAAUCUCCUGAUGGAUCAGAAGUUUUGAGCGUAGUCAUUCGCCCUUCAAAUUCACUUAAGAUCACUUUCUUAGAGGCUAACGAUAUAUCCCAAUUGGGAUCAUUGAAGGAAGCUGCAAGAAUCUUUGUUCCAGGUGCGGCAACGAUUUACUCUGCUCGUACAAUCAAGGUAAAAGAAGAAGAAGGUUUCAGAAAUUACUACCUCUAUGAGUUUGGGAGAGAUGAAGAACGCAUAGCUCUAGUAGCCGCUUGUAACAGAGGAAGGGUUUUCAUCGCUGGAGCAGCUGCACCGGAAUCCAAAUGGAAAGAAGAUGAAUUGAAGCUUCGAUCUGCUGCCAUUUCUCUGACGGUCCAAUAA